GUUUGCAUGUCUUCGCCCUUGCCUUUGCCUUGGAGGUGUCAGUGGGGAAGACCAACACUGUGAUGGCUCUGAAUAACUCCAAUGUCCUGCUGCCCUGCACCUUCACCACCUGCAUAGGCUUUCAGGACCUGGUCUUCACAUGGUAUUUCAACUCAACAGAGAUGAUUUACCAUGGCAAGAUAAAGAACAAAGCCUCGGAGCCCUUCCUUGUGGGACGCAAUCCACGGGUUGAGUUUGUCGGCUCGACCACCAAGAAGGACAACAAUAUCUCCAUUCUCCUGAAGAAUGUGGACUUCAGCGAUGCUGGGAAAUACACGUGCCAUGUCAGGAACCCCAAGGAGAAGAAUGCACAGCACAAUGCCACCAUCUUCCUCACGGUGGUCCAGAAAAUGGUGGAGGCAGACAACACUGUGACGCUCAUCAUCGUGGGCGUUGUGGGGGGGCUCAUCGGCCUCCUCAUCCUCUUCAUGCUCAUCAAGAGGAUUGUCCUGUUCAUCAUCAAGAAGACCCAGGAUGGGAAGAAGGAAUGCCUCGUGAGCUCAUCGGGGAACGACAACACGGAGAACGGCUUGGCUGGCUCCAAGGCAGAACAAAAAGCACCACCAAAG